AUGACGUCCAGAUACGACCGUGCUAUCACAGUAUUUUCACCAGAUGGACAUUUGUUUCAGGUGGAUUAUGCACAUGAAGCCGUCAAAAAAGGCUCUACUGCAGUAGGAGUCAGGGGUAAAAAUAUUGUUGUAUUAGGUGUGGAAAAGAAAGCUGUUGCCAAAUUACAAGAAGAAAGAACUUUGAGAAAAAUUGCCUUGCUUGAUGAGCAUGUUGCUAUGGCAUUUGCAGGUUUAACUGCUGAUGCUCGCAUUCUCAUCAACCGAGCAAGGGUCGAAUGUCAGAGUCAUCGUUUGACUGUUGAAGAUCCUGUUACAGUAGAAUACAUCACACGAUUCAUUGCACAGCUGAAACAAAAAUACACCCAAAGUAAUGGUCGCCGGCCAUUUGGUUUAUCGGCUUUGAUUGUAGGUUUUGAUUAUGAUGGCACUCCACGGUUGUAUCAGACAGAUCCUUCUGGAACUUAUCAUGAGUGGAAGGCUAAUGCAAUCGGUCGAAGUGCAAAGACUGUUCGUGAGUAUCUAAAAAAAGGCUAUACUGAAGAGGUGGCUGAGAAAGAUGUGGAAUGCAUAAAACUGGCUCUUCGUGCCUUGUUAGAAGUGGUCCAAUCUGGAGGCAAGAAUGUUGAGCUGGCUGUUUUAAGAGACAAUACACCCCUUAAGAUGAUGGAGUCUUCAGAAAUAGAAAGAUAUAUUGCUGACAUAGAAAAGGAAAAAGAAGAGGAAGCUGAGAAGAAAAAACAGAAGAAAUAA